AUGCAGGCCGCCAUUAAGUACGGUAUGAGGGAACCCUCGGUCGACAGCGUCAAUGAUGGCCGCAGCCGCUAUGUUCCCAGCUCGGUCUACAGUGGUGCGGGUCCUGUCGAGGACUCGCCGGCGAUGCCCCAGGGCCACAGCUUCAUGUCGGGAGCACUACGGGGUCCUUUUGAAGAACAAGAGACACCCCCAGCCCGGUUCACGCAGCCACCCCAAAACGCUCCACGAAACUCUACACUUCUAAACAUCAACGACCCUGUGGCGAUGCAUCUAUUGACCGAGACGGCAAUAAGCGACAGCCGAGACUUUGAGGUGCUGUCGUUUGAGGAGGUGGAGCAGCUGAAGAAAGAAAGGAGUUUCCUGAAAGGCAAGAUUGAAGCUACGAGACGGAAGCUGGCGCUAGAGAGCAAACUGCGAGAUGCCGCCCAGUCACUGAAUCGUCUAUAUUCGACUCGUGAGUCUGGGGAUGCGGCAUCACCCAAAAAGUCGCGGCGCAGCCUCCUGGGGAGCAGACAUAGUGGAAACGAGGUAGUGCAUCGUGUAGACGAUGAAUAUGCCACAAGCACGAAAAAGGUGGAGGAUCUCUCGCGCGAGUUAUUCCAUCUGGAGAAACGACUUCAAGAGAUAGACAGGCGCAUCCUCCAACACACGGCCGGUAUUCUACAGAUGACACACAGGGGUCUGAAGAAGAAUAUCCGCAGGAAUGAACUCCCCCGAAGUCCGGAAAGCAUGACUAGUCAACCGAAUGGACGAGGUUCCAUGCUUGAUGCCAGGGACGAUUUUGAUGAACGGAGUCUCUACCAGGUCCCGGAUUAUGUCACAGAGUUUGGACAGGUACCUCAAUCCAUGAACAAGGGCAGACCUGGAUCUAGAGCCGUCGACGGGUUUGUAACCCGCCUACAGGAGCUAAAUCAACGGCUACAUCUGAUGAUCACCCAAGCGAGUUUGCAAGAACACUUUGACCCGCCUCCUCAGCCUUCCGACCAGCACAUGGCUGGAAGCGUUGAUGCGCAAAUCCAAGCAUAUCUUGGGUAUAUGUCUCAGGGACUGGACGCCAUGGAAGCUGCCCAAGCCCGAUCCCACGCAGCCGUCCAGCAAUCCAUCUUUGACACCGAAGAGCAGCUCGAAGACGUCAAUCUUCGACUACAUGAUAUGCUAGCAAGAACAAACUCUGUCGGCCAUAGCCCUGUGUUACUGCAAGAUGAACCCCGCGGCAAGGACCUACAGUCGCAGUUGGCCUUCUCUUCCAAUGUCAUCGAACGGCUAAACAAGCGCAUCGAAACCCUUGUCGAACAGAAGGAUAUCUUGACCCGCCAAAUCCAACAGCAGCGCGAACUCAACAGCAAGUCCGAUGCUCAGCGUGACGCCAAAAUUCACGAAUUGGUGGCCGAGCUGGAGGAAUCGAAGCGCACUCAAUCAAAUAGCGAGCAAGAAGCACAGCAUUCCCGCGACCAGAUCAACUUGCUCAUGGAGGAAUUGGAUCUUUCGAAGCAACGGAGCGUCCUCAUGGAACAUGAACGAGGUGCGGAUGAGAGCAAAGCUCUUGAACUCGAUCGCACUGCCCGUAAAGAGGUGGAGGAAAAGUUCCUCGCUGAGCUGAAGGUCAAGCAAGAGGAACAUAGCCAGCUGCAGUCGGAAAUACAACAGACACGAAGGGACCUGGAAACCAAGUCCAUGGAAGUAGCAAGCCUGGCGGCGGGCCACGCCCAGACUCAGGCGGCGCACGACGAAGUGGUCAAUGACCUGCGGAGGCAAGUGGAGGCGCUGAGUAGUGCUAAAGCUGAGGUAGAGACCGAGCUCUCGAAACUCCGUGCGGAGAUGCAAGACCUGGAGUCCGAAGUGGUGCGAGCACAGACAGAGUUGACCGUGGUCAAGGCUGAGUUAGAUGGUGCUUAUGGAACACGUGCUCAGCGAGCAGCCGAUGUGUCAAUGAACCCCGCCAUUCAGAAGGAACUUGACCACUUGAAUAUGCGAAACAACGAGCUCGAAGGUCAUGUGAACAACCUGAAGAGGGAGCACGAGGCUAGGGACACGGAAAGCGUCGAGCUGCAGAACAAGGUCGCCGCUCUGCAGAAGGAACUGAAAGAGACCAUCGAAGAGUACGAAGUCAUGACAAGACAGAGCAUUGAGGACGAAAAAGAGCGGGAGAGGCUUGAGGAGAGAGUCGACGCGUUGCAACAGCAAUGUGAGGCACUCGAGUCACAACUCAAUGAAGAGAAAGUGAAAGGGCUGGGGGCCAAGGUCUCGUCGCCUACGGAAACGACGUCCACAAUGGUCUUGAAGAACGAAUUCAAGAAGAUGAUGCGCGAAACACGAGCAGAGAAUCUCAAGAUCCUCAAGGCCGAGCAAGAGGAAAGACGUCGCUUAGAAGGCAUCAUCAAAGGCUUCAAGAAAGAUCUUCAGCAACGGCACUCUCAGAAGGAAGCGCCCUCAACACCGGUGGAAGCGACGGAUUCUCGCUGA